AUGCUUGCCAUUCCGUGCGUAGAGUUCUCGUCACUCAAGUGUUUGAUUGGCAUCACCCUUUGCAUUUCGCUUCAUUCGGCUAUUGGCCAAGUCAACGACCGCGGGUCAAUCGUCCCUGAAGCUCGAAGUUUCUCGACGCACAAUACGGCUGCAGCUUUCAAAGAUGCGUUGCCAAUCCAGAAUGGAUCUGGAGAGUCCAAGCUCGACAUUGACACUAGCGACAAGGAGGAAAGGAGCUUGAUUGGAGCUUUUCUCGAUGGGCUUCAAGGUUUUGUUGAUUUAGGUGGUGAAGUAGUACAUUUUGGAACUGAUCACUUAAUAUAUAUGGCUCACAAUAUUCUGAAGGAUCUUGAGAAUUGGGAACCACUGAUCCAGCACGAGUUGGAAGAAGCAUUGCAAUCUCCGUUGACACAAGAUCUCGUUGAGAUCCUAGAAGAGUUUGAUACUUUGAAGAAUGAAGUGGGAAAUGACCUUCUUAAAGGUCUCCAUCGUAUUGAAACCAAACUAUAUGUUUUGGAGAAUUCAGCGGACGGGCUGAUGAAAAAAAUUGCUAUUGAUCUUGAGAUCAUAGUUCGUAGCAAAGUGGCCUAUGCGGACCGAGGUGGGCAACACAGCCUUCCAAACGUAAGACACGACGAGAGUGUAUCAAGUAACGAACAUUAUAGUGGCCGUAUCGUUCCUUAUGAAAGCGACCCAAGUGAUGACUUUAUUUACGGACUGUUGACGGAGGGUCUUUUGAAUUUGAAGGAACGAACUGUCGCGCAAAACAAAGAGUUGUACACUUUGAUUACGAAGUUUCAACAUUCACAGGAUAAAAAAAAGUGA